AUGGCCUCUGUUUGCCAGUCGUCCGAGCUUCAAAGCGUGGUUGCUUUGGUGAAAACAAUGACGAAUGCGCAGCUAAAGGAGAUACUGAGAAGUGAGGGGCUCGCUGUUUCUGGAGUGAAAGCUUCACUUCAGCUCCGAAUUAUUGAUUUCAUUGAGAGACUCAACCAAGGAGGGCAAAUUGAGCGGUACGAUAACUUGAAGAGAGCUGUGUACGCCACUGCACAUCGAUCAAUGCCGCAGCCUUCAACGCCGCAGUCAUUACCUAGUCACCAAUACCAGUCUUCUUCAGCUAACCAACCGUUGCCAACACAACACCGACCAUCGCCAUUGAGCGCACCGAUGACGUCGCAUGGACUCACUUCUGGCCAGUUAAAUUUCAAAGAAAGUCCUUUCUACACUGUUAUCCAGCAGCUUACACCUGUUGUAGAAUGCAAAGUACGCGAACAGACUAGGGACAGUGUAGAACUUAGGGUGAUUCUCAACCAAGAUGUAGCUUCAAGGUUACACGCCGAUCCGAACCUACGGAUAAUGGUUUACUGUGCUGCAGAUACUGGGCUUAAUCAGUAUACGAAAUCGGACAUUGCUUUCCCUCACCAAGUUGAGCUGAAAGCAAAUCUUGAUGAGGUGAAAGCUAACUUGCGAGGCCUCAAAAACAAGCCCGGUACGACGAGGCCUGCUGAUGUGACAGACUAUAUUCGCAAGAAACCUGGAUAUCCGAAUCAUAUUGUUAUGACCUAUGCCCUCACUACAAAGAGAUUCUUUGUGCUUGGCAGUCUCGUUCAGCGGCAUCCAGUUGAGGAACUUGUAGCUGAGUUGAAGAUGAGGAAGAUAAUCUCGAAGGACCAAGUACUACGAGAAAUGAAAAGCAGAGCGAAUGACACGGACAUCGUUGCAACAUCUAGUGUUAUGUCACUGAAGUGUCCUUUAUCUACCCUUCGAAUCGCGGUCCCCUGUCGCUCGGUAAUAUGCACUCAUAAUCAAUGCUUUGAUGCAUACUCUUUCCUGCAAUUGCAAGAACAGGCCCCAACGUGGUCAUGUCCCGUGUGUUCUAAAGCGACCAGCUUUGAGUCAUUACAAAUCGAUCAGUAUGUUGAUGAUAUACUUCGCUCAACAUCUCCAGAUGUUGAACAAGUUGUUAUGGAACCAGACGGCAGAUGGUCAAAUCCGAAAGUCGGCGACGUUUCAGAAGCUGGUGGAGUUACUCCUGAGUCAGACGAUGAUGAUCUAAUAGAGAUAAAGGAACUUGGAAACACGCCCGUUAAACAGGAGUCUCUUCCAGCCGCGAGUUUAUCUCUACAACAGACCCCAGCUCAAUCACGGGAGCCUUCAUCGACAUCAUCUGUAACUCGUUUGUCAACAAACAAACGUCCUGCAGCCCAGGUGAUUGACCUUACGGGGAGCGAUGACGAUAAUGACGAUGGUUCCCCUGUAAGGCCACUAAAACGGCCAGCUUUGAGCUUGCUAAAUCGAUCUUUACCCCGGCAAGAAUUUCAGAGUUCAUAUAACACUGCUCUAGCAAAUGGCAGGACUGCUCCUCGCGCCGGUCAGACUAGUUCUGAAUCUCCCACCCAAAGAACUUCGGCGUAUAGUAUCUCUGAGCCCCAGGCACGGGCUCUAAGUGCUUCAUGUCUUGAUUUCCUCCUAAUAGAGCUGGUACCUAUGGCAGAACGCCUGGCGAAGGAACUCUCAGCCGAUGAUAAGACUCCCGAUGACGAUGAGAUUAGGGAAACAACAUUUUUCCGCCUCGAGUCUCUUGGAUACAGAGUUGGACAAGGUCUUGCAGAAAGAUUCUCUCGAGACCGCCCUAGAUUCUCUGAUAAUCUUGAUGUUAUCAAGUUUUUAUGCAAAGACUUAUGGACCAUCCUUUUCAAGAAGCAGGUCGAUAAUUUGAAAACCAAUCAUCGGGGAGUAUAUGUUCUGACCGAUAAUUCAUUUCGGCCAUUUGCAAGGAUGAGCAUGUCUAUGAGAAGCGAGGCGGUGUCCAUGGCUCACGCGUACCUAUGGUUCCCAUGUGGUGUCAUUCGAGGCGCUCUAUCAAACCUGGGAAUUAAUACUACUGUUCAGGCCGAGACGGGUGAGCUUCCAGGAGCAACAUUUCAGAUCAAAACAGUCCAACCCAAAUCAUGA